AUGGCGCAACUCACCCCCGCCUCGUCUUUUUUUGACAACACCAACCCUGAGCCAUUCGACCAGAUCGUGGUGCAGAGCCAGAAGAUGGUCAACAAUGCUCUUUGGAACAUGUGGGCUCUUUCUGACGAUGACUCGCCGGUCCGAGGUGUCGACGUUGCGGUGCCUGGAUUUGGCAGAAUCAGCGGCAGUCUCAGCGCGCCGUCCGUGACGCUGCAUGUCGAGUCAACAUCUCCGACUCUGUAUUUUCUGGUACCUUUCAGCUCUGGGACUCUGCAGCUCGGCCCGGAUAGCAGCCAUUCCUGGAAAGUGGACGGAUGGGUCUUCGCCUUCCCGGUCGAAGUCGCUUCCAACGAAUUGGCACCUGGCACCGAUGAUUACGCCAGAUACGUCAAGCGUAUGGGCAUAUCUCCUGGUAGCUUCAGCCUCGUCGAACUUCUUAUCGACAUCUCUCGAGCAAACACUUGGGACAAGAAACACAGCUCCUUCUCGCACGAUUGGGAAACCGAGAGCCCCGCUGUGCAGCAACUUCUCAAUCAGUUCGUCGCCGGCUGGCUCCGGAUGAUGGCGGCCGAUGACCGCACCGUCAUAGGCGUUUCAAUCAAGGCAGCACGGCCUGAAUCCGUCAACCAUAACGCACCAACCUUUGUGCCCACCUCCUGUGAGUACGCAGUGUACCCGUGGCUUGGCUCGGGCGCUUUGGACAAACCUUCUGAUGGUGCGAAUGAAAAUGCGCUCUGCUAUCUGCUCAUGACGGACAAUGCUACUCCGCCAGCAAUCCACAAGUUGCCACACUCGGGUAAUUUCGUAGAUGCGACCAGCAAUCAUCAAGGAACUUUUUGCAUGGACAGGGCUCAGUUCUGGGAGCGAUGGCUGCUACCACUACUGCAGGAGGUCAAUGCCUUGACGGAAACGUACUCGACCACUCCGUAUGUCGAUGCCAAUUGGGAUGGCAGCGGGUGCGUUGGCCCACGAUACUACAUCGGCUACAACCCUGAGCACACAAGCUCCGCGGACGAAUACUUCCAAUUUCCCGAUUCUUCCACAUACGUUCGCUUCGCACCCGGCGGCCAAGCAAUCAACGUAUCCGGCCAGUCUGACUUCCAAUUCAAAGUGUACCAGACCGGUGCAGUAUCCGGCCCAUUCAAGACUGAAGCACACUACACCAUCACGACAAAGUGGCACCUCAACUUCGCACUCGGCGUCGUCAGCGACGGCGGGCUCCAGAUCGCGCGUAUCGAGGACCCCAAGGGCGUUCCAGCGUGCACAUCAACGGGCCACGGCUACAACGAGGGCAUCGACGCCCCAUGGGAUGACUACAUCAAGAGCUUCAGCGACACCGUCAACAAGCAUUUCACAGAGAACCUCGGCUUCGUGCUGAACCGCCUGCAGUCGGCGCUGGCCGAGCAGCACAAGCUCUUCCUGCCCGCCAGCGGCACCUUCCUGAUGCGCGACGCCCUCUUCAACCGCCGCGGCGACCUUAUCGCGUCGCUCUUCUACAACGGCAACCAGCCUCCAAGCUACGGCGGCGACCUGCCCGACUACUUUGCAUCCCUGCCGGACCGCUUGCCCCUGCACGAGGAGGUGCCUCGGGCAGUGCCUCAGGAGCCUUUCGGCGGCCCCGACUUUGCCAUUCACCGGAAAGCCCCUGUCGGAGCAGAACCGCCGGCGUAG